AUGAAUGAAGAAUAUAAAAAUUUAAUAUUAAAAUAUAAGAAAAGUCAAAAUGAAGAAAUAAAAAGUCAUAACAUGGAAAUUGAAGGUAUAAAUAUGGAUAUUUACAAGAAUACAAAUAAUUUUAUUAAUAAAAAAGAAAUAAAUAAGGAAGAAAAUGGUUAUGGAGAUGAACCAAAAGGGUUAGAAAUAGAUAAAAAUGAUAAUAUAUAUGAAAAAGAUUUUUUAAAUGAUAUAAAUUAUUUGAAUGAUGAAAAUGAUUUAAAAAAAUAUUUCAUUCAAAAAAAUAUGAGAAAAAAAAUGAAAAAGCUUGAUUUGUUAAAUCUAUAUGUAAACAAUUCUGUGAAUAUAAAAAAUGAAUUAAGAAAAACAUCUAUUUGUAAAUAUUGGUUAAAAGGUAUAUGUGCGAAUAUUGAAUGCAAUUUCGCUCAUGGAGAGCAUGAACUAAAAUCUACUUAUGGAGUUUAUAAGACAACUAUAUGUAAGCAUUGGAAGAAAAAUGGAAAUUGCUCAAGUGGAAUAAAUUGUAGGCAUGCUCAUGGAGAAAAUGAAUUACAACCUAAAAAUUUACCUCUACAUUUAUUAAAAAAAAAAAAUAACUUAAAAAAUAAAAAUAAUACGAAAAAUAUGAAUUUAAGCAACAAUAUGAAUAAACUUAAUUCUAUUAACAAUUCAUGCAAUAUAAAUUAUAUUAGUGAUACAAGUAAAAUUGAUAAUUUAAAUAAUGUUAGCAGUGAAAAUAGUGUAAAUAAUGCUAAUAAUGUGAAUCAUAUCAAUAACUUAAAUGAUACAAAAAAUAUACAGUCCAUUAAUAUUUUAAAUAGCGGUGAUAAUAUAAAAAAUUUGGGUAAUUUUAAUACCAAUUUAUUAAUCAAUUUAAAUUUAAAUAAAAAUAACGAAAACACCAAUAGCUUAAGUAAUUCUAAGAAAAUAUGGAAUUACAAAAUUUUUAAAGAGCAAUCAAAUAAUUGCGAAGUUGAAAAUAAAUUAUCAAAAUCCUUCUCUAAUAAUUCAAGUGAAAAUAUUAAUGAUAUCUUAAAUAAAAUUCAAAAUAUUCAUGACACAGAUAAUAGAAGUGGUAGUUGUAAUAUUGAUUAUAAUUUAAUAAAUGAUAAUAUGAAAAAUGAAUUUAGUAAUAUAAACCAUGAUAAAAAACAAACAAUAGAAGAAAUAAACAAUAAAUUAAUAAAUAAAAAAUUUUUAAACAAUAUAACCAAUAUUAAUAAUAUAAACAACAUAAAUAACGGAUCUGAAGAAUUAAGAAAUAUACUAUACUUAAAACUAAAUAAUAAUGUUGAUAAUAUAUUGAAAAACAGUGAUAAUAUAAAUAAUAUUGUAAAUUAUAGAUGUAAUAUCGAAAAUGGAAAAAAUAAUUUCGAAAAUAAUAUAAGUGAUUUUGAAGUUACCAAAAAUAUUUUUGAAAAUAGUAAAAAUAAUUUUGAAGGUAAUAACAUGAACUUUGAAUGCAGUGAGAAUAGCCAAAUUAAAAAUGAUAAUAUCAAUAUUCAUAAUUUAAAUAACUUUAAUAAUAUUGAUAUUAAUAAUAAUAGUAAUAAUAUAUUAAAUAAUAAUAAAAAUAAUUGCAAUAGGCAUUUUAUUAAUUAUAAUGAUAUAUCUAAUUAUGAUAAAAGCGAUUUAAACAUUAAUUUUGAAAAUUCUAACAAUAUAAUGAAAAAGGUUUCUUACAAUAUGAAAUAUUUUUCUUUUUACAUAAAUACAUUAAAUAAAAUAGCUGAUAGUUUAAAUUACGUAAAUAAUGUGGAAAAUUUUAACAUUCUAAAUAAUAAUAGUAUAAGUAACCAAAGUCAAUUAAACGAAAGUGUAAGUCAUGAUAAAGAUAAUAAUAAAAUAACUAUUAUGAAGGAAAAUCAUACAACUUCUAAUUUAAUUAUUAACAAUAAUGAUAACACUUAUUACAAUUCUAAAAUCGAUGAUGAAAAAAAAAAAGUGUAUGAAAAUAUAAAUGAUGAGCAAUUAGAAUUAAAGGAUUUAAAACUAAAAAUUACUGAUUCAACUUUAUUGAAAAAUGAAUAUAACAUUAUUAAUACAUAUGAUAAUAAUAUGAAUAAUUGUUUAAAUACUAACAUUACUAAGAAUAAUGGAAAUAGUAAAUGUGAUAAUAUAGUAUUUAAUAAUGAAAAUAAUGUUAUAAGUAAUAGAAAUGUUACAAAUAAUAACGAUGUAAUAGAUAAUAGUGAUAUUACAAUUAAUAAUGAUUCAAUAGAUAAUAAUAAUGCUAUAUGUAAUAAUAAAAUAAAAAAUAUUAAUUCUUAUAUAAAUUAUAAUUUAAAAUCAAACGACAAUAAAUGGGAAAAUUUAAAUAAUGAAAAUAAAAUAACAAACAUAAGUAGUUUAAAUGAUAAAAUAUAUAAUAGUUUAAAAAAUUUGCAAAUAAAUAGUUCUAAUAAUAAUAAUAUUGAUAAAAAUUAUGAACAUAAUAAUUCAAUCAGUAAAUUUAAUAAUUCAGAUAAAAAUACAAGCAAUUUAUAUAAGAAAUUUUUAAUUUCACAAAAUAUCAACAACAUUAAUAGCGAUGUACAUAAUAAUUAUAAUAACUUAAGUUGCAAGAAAGAAGAUUAUUUGAGUUACAAUAAUAAUAAUAUAAAUAAUUAUAGUAAUCAUUUUGGUUUAAGAAAUUGCGAAAUAAAUUAUUAUGCGAAUAAUAAUCAUAUGAAAAUGAAAAAUAAUUUGGAAAAUAACUGUUCUUUAAAUUAUAUAGAAGAAAACAAAACUUUUAUAAAUGAUAAUGAUAAUAAAAAUUUCUUUGUAAAUAAUAAAGUAGAAAAUAAUGAUUUAUAUGAAAAAAAAAUUGAUUUUUCUAAAAAUAAGAAAAUAACAAAUCUAAAUAACAUAAGCAAGGAUGAACAAUAUGCUUUUAAUGAGGUAUAUCCAAACGAUAUUUUAAAAGAAGAAAGUGAAAAUGCAUUUAAUAAUGAAGAAAAAGAGAAAAAUAAUAGUUUAAAUAAUAAUAUAGAAGAUAAUAAUUUAAUUCAUAUGAGUGACAAUAAUAUGAAUAAUAAUUUACAAAACAUAAAUAAUGAAUACUACAAUUUAAAUGAAAUGAUGUGUAAAAUCAAAUUUUUAUAUACUAUGAACAAUGUUGUAUACAAUAAAAAUGAAGAUAAUGGUACAAAUAACAAAGAUAAUACAAAUUCAAAUAUAAGAAAUAAUAGUAUAAAUAACAUGAGUGAAAUAUUAAAUAAUGAUAAAUACAUAGGUAACAUAAAAAAAAUAUUGAAUGAUAAAGGAGAUUUUUUGAAAACUUUAAAUACAAAUGAUGGGGACAACUUUGAAUUAAAAAAUCAUAUAGAAUCACAUAUACUAAACAAUUUAAAAAAUAAAAUAACAUUUGAAAAUGAAGAUAUAAUAAAAAAAAUGAAAACAUAUGCCAUAGAUAAAAACAAUAUAGAGAAAAAUAAGGAAUUAAACCAUAUGAAAAAAAGAACAAAUGAAGAAUCACUUAAAAAAAGUCCCAUGAGCAAUAGUAUUGUCUAUUUAAAUAAUGAUUCAUUUUUUGGAAAAGAGAAUAAUAAUUAUAAUUUUAUAAUGAAUAAUAAUUUGCUUUUGGGUAAUGAUAAAGGAGAGAGUAUUUUAAAUAAUAGCGAUAAUAAAAUAAAAAUGAAAAAUAAAGAUUUUAAUAUGUUGUUAAAAGAUAAUAAAGCAAGUAACAUUUACGAUGAAAAUUUUCUUAUUUGUGAUAAACAUAUAAAUAAAAGAAAUUUUCAUAAUGUUAAUAGUAAUAAAAAUGAUGAUUCUAUUAGUGAAAAAGAAGAUAAUAGUGAUAAUAAUAAGAAAUAUAAUAUGAAAAAUGAUAAUGAUAUUGUUGUUAAUGAUGAUAAUAGUAAUAGCAAUAAAAAUGCUAGCAACAUGGAAUAUAAUUAUAACAAUAGUAACAAUGAUACGACAACUUAUUGUCAUUAUAAUAAUUAUAAAAAUGAAGACUAUAAAGAUUAUAAUAAAAACAAAGAUGCAGAAACAUUUAAUAAUGAAGUAACUGAUUUGGAUAAAAAGAAGAAUAAUUUUCAUUUUGAUAUGUUAUUUAAUAAUGAAAUUUCAAACGAUUUUAUUUAUUCUUUAAUUAAAAAUUCUGAAAAUAAGCAUUUGGAAAGUAAAUAUUUUAUGAAUGAAGAAAAGGAAGUUUCUAAAAAUAACUUAAAUGUAAAUAACAAUUCAGUAAAUAUUGAAGGGAAUGUAAUACAUAAUAAGAAUGAAAAAAAUAAGGAGCAAAAAGAAAUUAUGAAAUCAUCAACAAAAUUGGUUAGUUUAAAUAAUAUACAAAAUAAAAAUGAUGACAUAGAAGAGGGAAAGAAAAAAUACAUGUAUGACUUUUUAAAUUUUUUAGAGGAAACAAAAUAUAAGAAUGAAUAUAAUAGCAUUAUUAAGGAAAAUAAUAAUUUUAAUAAAUUAACUAAUAACUCGACAAAAUUAGUUAGACUUCAUGCAUUUAAAGAAGCAGAUAAUAAAUAUAACAUUAAUGAUAUGGAAAAUGAAAAUAAUAUUAAUAAUAUACUACCAGAAAAAUCUAAAUUUCUAAGAAUUAAUAAAUUAGAAAAAAAAAAUUAUCAGUUUGGAGAAAAUAAUUUUAAAAAUGAUAGUAAUAAUAAUAAUUUUUAUAAUUCAAAGGAAUAUCUUAACAAAAAUAUUUUUUUUUCUUCUAAUGGGAAUGAAUAA